AUGAUUAUCGGACCAGAAAAUGUAGGUAAAACAACUUUACUCAAAGUGCUAAUUAAGCAGUCACUAUCGGCUAAUGAAGCACCAACACAAGUAGCUAGUAGUAAUCAUCCGCUAAUAGAAUUGAUUACAUUCGAUAUUGGUGAUAUGAUGAAGACUGGAUUGGGCACUCUCGCUGAUAGUAAAGUUGGGUUAGCAGUUCUUCAAUCACCAUCUUUACAAGUUACAAGACAGACCUUAUCCGAUAUGAAAUCGCAAAGAACGAAUGUAUUCGAUAAAUCACUUCGCAGCAAGUAUAGCAAACUUAGACCGAAACUUUCCAUGAUAAAAAAGGCAAAUACAGAUAGUAAUGAAAGUAAGAAAUCACAGCAGUCAAAAAUAGACAAUCUACAUGCUGUAUUGUGCGACUUCGGAGAUCAGGCAGAAUAUCACGUUACACAUCAACCAUUUAUGUCGUGUGAUAGCAUUUAUCUUCUUGUAUUUAAUAUUGCUGAAGAGAUUAAUGAUGUUAUACAGCUAAGGAACAACUUAAAAUCAGAUAUGACCUACUUUGCAAGAAUGCAUGAAUGGUUAUCAUCUGUACAUGGAUGCAAGGAGUUAAGCCAUGGUUUAGGGAGUAAUGCUAGAAAUGAGAUUACGAUCGAUGGUAAAAAUUAUGAAUUGCCCAUUGUCAUUGUCAUCGGUAGUCAUGCAGAUAAGAUUGUAGCUAAUAAUGAAGAAGAAAAAAAUAGAAAAAUACAAGCAGUUUAUAACAACAUAUCACGUGAAUUUGGCCAAAAAUUACCAUUUAUAACGAAUCCUAUUCCAGUUCGAUGGUAUGAAAUCAUUCAAAUACUUCGUGGAGAAAGAGAAGAUAAAACAAUAAAGAAGUUACUGACUAAAACACAAGUUAAAGACUUGGUAGACAAACAUCAUCUAUCUAAGCAAGGCGAGAAGUUAGAUGGUUUAUUAUCUUACUUGCAUAAUAUCGGACAAAUUGUUUAUUGCGAUAAAGACGAGAUUCUAAGUAAUUGGGUCGUUUCGGAUAUUGAUUGGCCAAUUGAGGUGUUUUGUUCAUUAAUUCGAAUUUCAUUUUUCAAGUCUUCUCAUGCUGAUGACUCUUCGGGUGACUACGAGAAGAUUCAGAAUACAGGUAAAAUAAGCGAAGAAUACAUUCGACACGUUUGGAGCAAAUUUAAUUUAGAUGAUGAAGAAAGAAAAUACGUAUUGUCUCUUAUGACUCACUACGAUAUUCUAUGUGAAGCAAGUGAAUUACAAGGAAUAGAUCGUACCUAUCUUAUUCCUUGUCUUCUAAAGACACGACCUAAGAGUGAUACAUUAUAUCCAUCGAAUAGCACCACAUCGAAAUACAUCUAUUUAGGGUUUGAUGAGAAGGAAUUACCUUAUAUUUCUUAUAACAUCUUUUACUGCUUGAUUUCUCGAUGUUUGCAAAAGCGUGGAUGGAAUAAUGGCAGAGUUAAACUAUAUCAAAACUGCGCUUCAUUUCAAAUUGGCCCUGGUAUUAACUUGAUUAUCGAUAAGUUAUCAACGGCCAUAGCCUUACAAUUAGUUUUUCGACACCCAAAUUUACAAUCUAAAGAAGUAAGAAGAAGGCUAACUAAAGCAGCUGUUGAGCCCAAUGUUAAGGAUGUCAUUGAGUCAGCUUUAAGAAUCGUUCUUACUAAAUGGAUGCCAAAUAUGAGUCAUAUACGAAUAAAAGUGAGUGUUAAGUGUCCGCGCUGUGGAGAGUUAGUAAAUAUCGAAGAUGGAUUAAGUGAUGAUAAAUCAUUUCUGGAUUGCUUUAAUUGUAAAUAUACCUGGCUUUCCUCGUACCAAUUAAAGCCUUACACUAGUGUUGGUGCAAUCAUCAUCGAUGUGGAAGGAGUCUGA